GGGCGGAGAACCAGAGGGCGGGACAGCGCGCCCCGCUCCUCCCCAGGCCGGGCGGGCCCGAGACCGCGACCCGCCUCUCCGGAGCGGUCCCCGUCACGGCGCCAGGGAGUAGCCAUGGCGGGCCGCCUGCUGCGGGGCCUGUGGCAGCGAUGGCGCCGUUACAAGUACCGCUUCGUUCCCUGGAUCGCGCUGAACUUAAGCCACAACCCGAGGACGCUUCGAUAUGUUCCAGAGGAAUCCAAAGACAAAAUUAUCUCAGAUGAAGAUGUCCUAGGAACAUUACUGAAACUUUUCCAGGCUCUAUUCUUAAAUGAUUUCAAUAAACAGUCAGAUAUCUUGACUAUGCUUCCAGAACCUGUUAAGUCAAAAUAUCGAGACCUGCUGGCAGUUCAGCAUCAAAGGGUGAAUCUACUUGAAAACAAACAUCAACAGCAAAAUGUCUUUAAACCAGAAGAAAUCCUUUAUAAGACAUUGGGUUUCAGUGUUGCUCGAGCAACUAGCUCACUGAUUUCUGCAGGAAGAGGUGUCUUCGUUACUAAAGGAUUGGUACAAGGCGCAGUUGUAUCUAUGUAUCCUGGUACAGUAUAUCAGAAGUAUGAGCCAAUCUUUUUCCAGUCCAUUGGCAAUCCAUUUAUUUUUAGAUGCCUGGAUGGGGUGCUCAUUGAUGGAAAUGACAAGGGGAUAUCAAAGGUUUGUACAGGUAGAUCUUGCAAUGGAAGAGAUCGACUUGGACCUUUAAAAAUGAGUGACAGUACAUGGCUAACAUCAGAAAUUCAUAAUCCACUGGCUAUAGGACAGUAUGUCAACAACUGUUCAAAUGACAGAGCAGCUAAUGUCUGUUAUCAGGAAUUUGAUGUGCCUGCAGUUUUCCCUGUAGAACUGAAGCAGUAUCUUCCAAACAUUGCCUACAGUAAUGACAAACAAAGUCCUUUGGCCCACUUUCGGUGUUGUGUUCUUAUUGCACUUAGGGAUAUUGAGCAAGGAGAAGAGCUGUUCUCAAACUACUACACGAUUGUCAGCUAACUUGGCGAAUUAGAAGUUAGAUUUUUUUCUUAAGCUAUUGAGUUAAUCUAAAUUUUUUUCUUUGUUAAUCACUUCUCUGAGUUCUACCUGUAGAACAAAUAUUUGAGACCUAAUUGGCAUAGGUUUCUAUUAAUAUAUAUUUAUGUCCAUUUUCAGUGGUAAAAGCUAUUUGCUUCAUUACAAUUUCAAAUUUAUAGUGCAAUUUGAGUUCUAAUUGGUUUUCACCUAAUACACAAUAACUUAUUAAAUUAAAACUACUUGAACUUAUAGUUUCAAUUUUUCUUGUAUUUAUUUUGAAUACAUUUGUGAUGGUUUAUAAAAUUUAGCCAGGCAUUAGCAAUUCUUGUAGUACUGUUAAUGUGUACAAACUUCUGUAAAAACAUUUAUUUUUACAGGAUAAAGUAAAACAUACCUUUUGUGUUUGCUAUAAGUAAAUUGGUGUGUACAUGUAUAAUUUUAAAGGUUGUUCCAGCUGAUAGGGGAAAUGUGAAGCCAUUAUUUCUCGUUGAACAGUUACACUCUCACACACACACACACACACACACACACACACACACACACACAAAUUCUUGCAUAGUGUAAGAAAGAUUAUUUUAGCCUGAAAAUACCAGUAAAGGAUAGUUGGUAGGAAUACCUGUUCUGCGUGGUUCAUGGUUCUGUGUGUAGGGCUUCUAUUAGUAAUGCUCCUAGCCUCUUUCCACCCAUUGGAGAAUACCAGUUUUCUGAUUGUCUUUUGGAAGACUGGGCACUCAUGGCCCACACCCCUCCAGCUCUUUCUCUGUGGAGGAAAAUGUAAGCCUGUACAGUCACAGCUCUGAGGUCACCUGCCUGAGUUUUAUUAGUAAUGUUACUUUUGAUUAGUAAUGUUUACUUCAUCCACCUGAUUUCUCUUCAAACUCUCAGUUCCAAACUUGGGUAGGGAGGAGGAUGUUCUUAAUUGGGCCUGUCAAACCCUCAUGAAAGCUGAAUGAUCAGAUUCUGACCACCUCCACUGCUAUACCACCAGCUCUACUCACUAGUUUAUUGCAAUUUCAAUGGCUUCCUAGUUGGUUCUCUUUUCUACUCCUGACCCUUACAGAAUAUAUCUCCUAGAGUGAUUAUUUUAAAUUAAACCCAAGUCAGAUUUUGACACACACCUGCUCAAAACCCUCCUAAUAUCAGAGGGAAUGCUUAAAUCCUUCACAUUCAGGAGCUAGCUGCUUGUCAUCUCAAAUCUCAUCUCUUCUUCCCCUUGCUCACUUGCUCAUUCUGUCCCAGCCACACCUGCCUCCUAGCUACACCUUGGACCUGCCUCAGCAAACUUUUACUCUGCCUGCACAGGACCUUCCCCCAGACAGCCACAUUAUUCUUUCUCUCCCUGUCACCCUCUCAGUGAGGAGGCUUGUCUGACAACCUUACUGAAUUUACAACACCCUACUCCUUCCAGUACUCCCCAUUCUACUUCCCUGUUUUUCUCUAUAGCACUUAUGAGCAGAAAGCUCAUAUUAUAGUAAAGGUGCAAAUAGGAGUUGCAAAAGUGGAAGUAGG